AUGCCGGGCGAUGCGGACAGUGGACCGGAUUUUAAGCGCCUCGGUAUUUUCAAAGAGCUCGGCUACACAACCAUCAACGACCCCUAUACGGUGGUUCGGCCCGACAAACUGUUCCGCAACCUCCAGAAUGAGCCCGGAAUGAGACCCAUGAUUCUGGCUGGUGGCUUCUCCAAGACCAAAGCCUCCACCGACGAUGGCUACUUUGCGCCUUUCGCACGCGUUUUUGAGGGCGAGGCAGGCAGUAACAUAAUUCAACUACGACGGGCCUGGAGAAAGGAGAAUAAUGCGAAGAAAUUGGCCGGCGACUGGGUGUACUCCAGUCCAGCAAAGAAGCGUCAGGGUAUUGGCAGUCCCUAUGGCUGCUUCCAAGAGCAGUACCCGGCCAUGAGUCGAGAAGCGAAGAGGGUUGAAAAGCAGCCCGAAUUGCAUAACUUUUACACCAAUCCUGGCAAGAAGGGUACCGGUUACGGCUACCUAGAUGUGACCAUCAACCCCUAUCCUGAGUGGAUGGCUGGUGCGACCACACUGGGCUCUCAGCACGAGGUCAUUAUGAAAGCCAAUGAGGAGCACAAGCAGCUCUGUCUUGGCAGACCCGUGUUUGUCAGCCAGCAGCACUCAGGGGAGGCCUUUGAUCCGGAAAUAAUCAACGGUGUUAACCCACUGGCUCCCGGUGGACCAGUGGUGCAUAAGUUCGGGAACUCUGCUUCGGACAAGUCGCGCAAUAUCGGGCCCACCUUUCUGCCCUCAAGUCCGGCCAAGUGGGACGGCGGUUGCAAGGAUGGCUGUCUCUCCAAGUUCCCUGCAUACAUCGGGGACCCCUACAUUGAUCAGUAUAGGCUCAUGAUCCAGAAGAUUAAGAAGUCGCCGGAGGACGCGCAGUUACGGCCGUGGGUCCCACAACCACCCACGGCGGUUGAAAUCCCGACACCGUCGGUAGUCAACCGCAAUAUUGACCUUGCAAUCAACGCCAAGACGCGCAAGAAACGCCUGCAUGUCAUGCCCUUCUGUAAAAAGAAGUAA